UGCACCAGUGGGUUGAGCACCCCCCUGUGGGGCUACCAAAUUUCGGAAAUAAUCCAUCCCUCCUACACUUCCAGGUUGGCAACUGACGCAUGCGUGCGUGAGGACGUGGUACUUCCGCCGGAUGUUUCCAUUAAUGUCCCAGAGUCCUCUUGAUGUAUAUAGGUAGGUUGGAAACUGGAAUGUGAAAAAGCGUGUCGACUUUGACACUUUUAUACUAGUACCGAGGAUUUCUGAAAGUAGAAAUUUAUUGGCCCCACUAAACAAAGCAUUGUACAGCAUGAUUUAAUGUUCAUUAACAAACUUUAUGCCCAAAGUCAUGUAAAAAAUAACGUUGAAAUGCACUGUUCUCAACUGUGUCAAACAUCAAAAUAGGAGUUUAAUAGAAGCGUCACCAGACAUUGCUAUUUACUGUCAUCUGUGAUAAUUAAGACUGAAAGCAGUUGAAUCUGACUUAAACAUAGCCAACACAAGAUAGAAUAUCGGUGGAAUAAUUCGAAAUCUUGAAGGUUUUAAAAAAGAUAUUUAAAGCAAGACAAAAUGAAUGAGACGGAAAGGUUUAUACUCAGAAAAAAUAGAGUAGCCAUUGUCCAAGACCUGAGAGUGUCUGAUAUUCUUCCUUUUCUUAUACAAGAAGGAGCUUUAAGUGAUGAUGAUGCUGAAAGGAUUACAAUACAGGCCACCGCUAGAGACAGGGCUUGUGCCUUGCUGGACAUUUUGACCUGCAGAGGACCCAAGGCUUAUAGACUAUUUAUAGAGUCACUGAGAGAGAAUUACUAUUGGCUAGUUCGAGCACUGGAGGACACAGAUUUAACAGAACUAAAAGAGAAAGAGAGAUUAAGAAAUAUGUACAUGACUCCUGAAGAAUUACCAAAAGAAAAAUGUGAAGUUUUAAACCACAAAACACUCCAGUUAACAGUGAAGUACUAUGGCAACCUGUUGGGCUGGAAGUCACUAGCCAGAGAGUUAGGACUUGAAGAAUCUGAUAUUGCAGAUAUAGAAUACCGAAAUAGCAGAAAUUUAAAAGAGCAAGUGUAUCAAAUGCUGACUACCUGGCGUGAGCGUAAGGGACGAGAGGCCAGUGUGGAUGGACUAAUUACAGCAUUAAGGGGACUGAAUCAAAAUAGAUGUGCAGAUGUACUGGAAGGGAAAGGAUCUACACUCAAUUGAUAGCCCAGUUUGCCUAAAGUGAUCUCCCUCAGAAGACUUCUCCAUUUGGAAAGUGUAUUACAAGUCCUUCCUACAGCGUCACACUUAAGAACCAAAAUGGAGAAAGUGUGAUUCAAACAAGUUUCAGAAGAAAGCCCAGAGAAUAAGACAUGUGCAGGGUCCCAUGGAUGAUGUAUUAUUACUUCUUUCUUGACAUCAUGAUGACAAAAUUGCUCUACACAGAAGACAGCGUUUUGUUACAUAUACAUUUGUACACAUGUGUACAUACAUUACAGAUUUUCAUUUAACCAUCUACAUUGAACUGAAGUGAUAUAGUUUUUAUGCAGGGGCAUGUGUGAUCAUUUUUAUACAAGGAAAGUGUUCAUAGAGUGCAGUCCCCUGCCAAGGCAGUUCAAUUAUUGUUUUUUAAAAUUAUUCAUAAUUUCAUGAACAGAUUUUUAGCAUAUUUAAUGUAACCAUUCUAAGAUAGCCCAUUUCUUACAUAACCUGCAAAUUUAAUCAAAAUCAACCCAUUUUUGAGUGAAGAAUUUAAUAAGUAACAAAUCAGGAAAUGGAAAUGCUUCAUCUCCUUGGCAGAGAAAUAAAGCACCAUGGUAUUUUUGUAUAUAUAAAUGACAUGUUCAGUUGCCAAUUUUAGAGCAGGACAGCCAUUACCAGACUUGUUUGCAUUUCAUGUUAAGGCACUGAUGUAAAAGACGCAUCUUUUAAAUAACUGGAAUUUCCUUUAAUUGUAUACAUUUGCCAGGAACAAUAAUAUAAUCAUGAUGUGUGCUGUAGUUGAAGUUGAUACAGGCUCUGAGCUGUAUAUUUGUCAACUUUAAUUGGCUUAUUGAUUUAUUGCGCAUCACAGUAUUUGUCUGAUAACUGUUAUGUGUUGUAGUUAAUCUGAAAAGUGUAUGCUUUGAACUUAGUGCCGGGAUGUGAAACCAUUGUUACUGUGUUGUAACUGAACCAGUAGAAAGUGUUUUAUGACCUGUUUACCUGUGGUAUAGCCAAGCAAGGGUUCGUUCACAUGGAAAGUCUAUUUUCUAAAAAUCUAUUUUCUAUUCGCGGUAUAUCUUUGCGGUAUAUCUUG